CGGGAAGCCUAACCUCAAACUUUUGAGUGUUUGGAAACAUUUUGACUUCGAAUUUGCAACAACUUUUUCUAGUAGUAAUUACUAAUUAGUGUUUGUUGAUAAUAUUUCGAGUUUUGAUAGGGCAAACAGAGAAACUAUUACCCUUACAUUGAUCUUGAUGAUGCAAUCUCACAUGAGAUUAGUUUGAAACUUUUCCUUAUCCAACGAAACUACAAAGAUGUAUCGGCCAGGAUCGAUUCGAAAAAUAGAGGUAAGGAACUUCGUCACCUACUCCCAUGUCGAACUAUAUCCAGGCCCGAAUUUGAACAUGAUAAUCGGCCCUAAUGGCACUGGCAAAUCCACAGUGGUGGCAGCAAUUAUCCUAGGCCUGGGGGGCAAUCCAAAAGUGGUUGGCAGAGGCACCAGAGUCUCUGAAUACGUCAAACACAACUGUGAAAGUUCAACAAUAAACAUUUUUCUGCAAGAAGACCAAGAUGAUCAGUAUCUCAAAGUUACUAGAGAAUUUGAUACUCAUGAAAGGAGUACAUGGAAGCUGAAUAACAGGAAAGUGAAGCUAGAAGAUAUGCUGGAGUAUAUAAAGAAGUUCAAUAUCCAAGUGAACAAUUUAUGCCAGUUUUUACCACAGGAUAGGGUGCAAGAUUUUGCUAAGUUGAAUAAGCAAGACCUGUUGAGAGAAACACAAAGAGCACUUUGUAGAUUCGAUCUGAUUGAAAAACAAGAUUCCUUGAUCAGAAACAGAGAGCAGCACAAGCAAAUGCUGGGCUCAUUAGAAACCCAGCAAAAAAGGCUUCAAGAGGCGCAUGACCUCAACAAUAGGCUAGAAGGUAGAGUCCAAAGCUUCAACAAAAAGAAAAAAUACAGUGAAAACAUUCAGCACAUAGAGAGAAAGAUAGCUUGGACUUUAUAUGAAGCUAUAAGAGUUCAGCUUACUGACAUCAAGAAAGAUAGGAAUAAGGCUCAGGAGAUUUAUGAGCAAUUCAAGAAUGCCUUGAAGCCCAAAGAGCAAGGGAUUGUGAGGAAGAAAAAGGGCAUAACAGAGUUUCAAGAGAAUAAUACGAAAGUUGUGCAGGUUAUAAGGAACACUGAAUCCAGUAUAAACAAUAAUGUUGAAAGAGUAGAUGCACUUAAAGAGUCUAUAAGAAAGAUUAAUGAUGCUAUGAAUUCCAGACUGGCUGAAAUUGAACAGUGGGAUAGUGAAAUUGAAACUGCAAAUAACAAGCUAGAGGAGAUGAAAAGGUUACAGGCUGAAAUGUUUGCCAAAACCAAUGAUAGUGCACAGAAAAAGCAGGCCCUCUCCUCCGAACUGAACAAACUGUCCAUGCACCACAAAUCGUUGCAAGACAAGAAGGAGGAAUUGCAACAGCACAAGCAAGACGAGACCCUGAGGAUGCACGCCUUGGAAAACGAGUCUGCCAGAUUGGAAAACGUCAAACAGGCGAGACUGCAGCACCUGCGCACGUUCAGUGCCGAUGCCCACACGGCCGUCCAUUGGCUCAGGAACAACAAACACCUUUUUCAAGGGGAGAUCUACGAGCCCAUCAUGCUGGAGGUCAACGUGCUCGAAACUAGGCACGCCAAGUACAUCGAGAACGUCAUCCCUGUCAGAGAUCGGCUGGCUUUCACUUGUACUCGCAAAGAGGACAUGAACAAGCUCAUCAGGUGUCUGAGAGAAAGCCAGAACUUGUCGGUGAAUGUGAUACACUCCUCCGAUUCGUCGGACGAUCCGAGGCAGUUUCAACCGAACAUUGCGAUAGAAAAUUUGAGACGUUACGGCUUCUACACGUACAUCAACAAUCUGUUCACCGCUCCCGGACCCAUAAUGAGUUACCUGUGCAAGACGUACCGCCUCCACAACAUUCCCCUAGGCGAUGCCAAGACCAACGACUGUUACGAACAGGUGCCAGAACAGAUAAGAACGUUCUUCAGUGAUGUUUACCGAUACGGGAUCAGUUUCUCGAAGUACUCGGGCCAAAAGAGCACUAAGCAAGUCGAAGUGGGCUCUGACGGCGGCUUGUCUCAAUCGUUGGACGUGGUGAGACUGGAGCGAGUGAGAGGGCAAAUAGAGGAGAUCAAACGCAACCUGGCCAACUACGAUGCGCAAUGCGGGGCGCUCGAUACGCAGUUCGAGUCGGUGAGCGAGAAGAUCAACGUCAGCAGGGCGAAGAUACGGGAGAUUCAACAGGAGAGACAAAACGCUCAAACGGUCACCGGCAGAAUAGAGACCUUGCAGAGGAAAAUCUCCGAGAUGAAAAAUUGCAAGAAGAAUCCCGAGGACAUACAAAGAGAGGCCGGUCAGAAGAGACUCACCGUUCUGAGGAGCAUGCCGGCUAUACAGGACGCCAUGAAAAAGGAGUUUUCCAAACUGGCCGAGCUCGUCAAGAAAGGCUCCUUGAUCGUGAGAAAGAUCGAACAGGAACGCAAGGAGCUGGCUUAUCUCGAGAACGACAUCAACGAAAACAGAAGACAGUCUCAAGAGGCCGAAGACACGUUGGAUAUCGUGAAAGAACGGUACGCUGACGUCAUGAACCAAGCCAAGUCGAUGCUAUCGAAGGCCAAAGGGCUUUCCAAGGGAUUUACGCCUGCCGACGAAGGUUUUGAGGAGUUUCGACGCGAGUACGACGCUCUGUCGUCGGAAAUCGACGAACUCAAUGCGAAAAAGGAGCAGCUGCAGUCGCGCAUAGCGUGCUUGAAUGUGGCGGAUGACGGGGAGUUGAAGGAGUACGAAGAUAGGUUGAACCAGAUCGAGGGGCUCACUGGAGAGAUCGACCGGUUGCACGGCGAGCUUAGCAAGGUGACCGACAAAAUGGACAAAACGCAACAGGAGUGGCUGGGGCCCCUGAAAGACCUCUUGGCCGAAAUCAACCUCGAGUUUGCCGGAGCUUUCGAAAAGAUGGGAUGCGCCGGUGAAAUUUCGAUUUGCACCGGAGACAACGACAAGGAUUUCUCUCAGUACGGCAUCAGCAUCAAGGUGACGUACCGCAACGGAGAGCCGCUGCAAGAGUUGAACUCGAAUAUACAGAGCGGUGGCGAAAGAGCGGUCGCUACGGCGGCAUUCAUGCUCUCCCUGCAAAAAUUGACUCCGGUGCCGUUCAGGUGCGUCGACGAAAUCAAUCAAGGAAUGGACGCCAACAACGAACGAAGAAUUUUCGAGCUGGUCGUGGAAUGCACUUGCGUUCAAUCGGCAUCCCAGUAUUUCCUGAUCACACCGAAACUGGUACCUCAUUUGAGGUACUCGCCCCUCAUGUCGGUGCAUAUAGUACACAACGGGCCUUUUGUGGCGCAGGACAAAAAGUGGGGUUUCUCGAAAAUAUGCAAUCCCAAAGGCCAUCAGAUCGGCUAGAGUUCGCUCGGAGCGAGUGAUGAGAGUGUAUUUUUAAGUUUCGUUAUGUCCACUAGACAGACUGUUCCGUCUAAACCGCGUUCAAACCGAUAUAUCUGGAGUUCUAAAAAUUUCACUGAUCUGAAAAAAAUCCUGUACAUUAUUGGGACAUGUUCAAUGAAAAUAAUUCUGAGAUAGCAGCACCUCCGGUUAUACCGGAGUGGACAUCAAAAUUCGUUAUUUUAACUGUACAGUGUGUCCAGUUUUCGAUGCUUUUGCAUGAUAUCUCAGUUAUCUUUGGAGAUAGAACCUUGCGGUUUUCGCGGUCCUUUGCCACUUUUUU